GGAAAUUGACGUCGUCCCAACAUGUCACCGUGCAAGCUCAUGACGUCAACGCACUAUGACGUCCUCCUAAUAAUGUCAACGGAGCGUUGCCCCCAAAAUUGUUGAGUUGGUUGACAAACGUGAGCCUCAGCCAAUCAGCACCGAGAAUCCUCGGCCGGCGGGCCAACGGCGGCGGUGGUGGGCGUGUCUUUAGGAGGGGGCGGUUCCGGCGCUUAGUUUGCUAAAUGACUGCAGCACGAGCAACACACGCGGCCGUGGCGUCCCUCCUGAUGUGACGUGUGACGCGCACGGUGCCGCGCUUCUUUCCACUCAACUUCGUCUCGUUGGUGGCGGCGGCGCGAGUAGCGUCGCGAGCGGCGUCGGACCCGCACGGAGCGGCAGACGCGGCGCGCAUGGAAGCGUCCGCCGGUGCGUCAACACACCAUGGCUGACGACCGCGCGCGCCCCUGAGCGUGCACGGCGCCGAGGGCCAGCGGCAUCCUCAUCCUCACCGCGGUGGGGGGCGGGGGGAGGAAACAUUCUCCCACUUGGAUUAACACUUUGCGAGACCCCCCACCCCGCAAAGGAAUAUGGCUCGUUUUCGCGCCAGCUGUGAGGAUCUGUAAGCAGGUGGAAUUCCUUUACCUCCUCCUCUUCCUCCCAUCCCACUCUGGAGCCCCAACCCGGACGCCCCCUUACCACCUCACCCCCCCACCCCAUACCUCCCUUUUCCCAGAGAGGACACAGGUGUGAUCGCAUGGCCGCUGAGGUCUGACGGACAAUCCCCUCACUCCCCCACCCCGACUCCCCCUGAUUCCCAAGUCACCUUGGAGGUCCUCGACCCCACACCUGCGCCCCCAACCCCCUCCUCUUCCUGAAGGGGAGAUUCCGGCUGGCACAGUGCGCCCCCCCCCUUACUUGACCCCCUCCCCCCAAAUCAAAACGAGACUCUCCAAAAUGUGCCGGCUGACCGCGCUCAGCAUCUACUUAUGGGAGACGCUCGUCUUCUUCAGCCUGGCAGCAUCCAAGGAAGCGGCCGCCCGAAAAGCCGCCUCGCCGAUGCCGCCGUCCGAGUUCCUGGACAAGCUGAUGGGAAAAGUGUCGGGCUACGACGCCAGGAUCAGACCCAACUUUAAAGACCCCAAAGGCUCCAAAAAUGAAGCUACUCACAAGAAAGGUCCUCCUGUCAACGUCACCUGUAACAUCUUCAUCAACAGCUUUGGCUCCAUCGCUGAGACUACCAUGGACUACAGAGUGAACAUCUUCUUGAGGCAGCAGUGGAACGACCCACGCCUGGCGUACAGCGAAUACCCAGACGACUCUCUGGACUUGGACCCGUCCAUGUUGGACUCGAUCUGGAAGCCUGACUUGUUCUUUGCCAACGAGAAAGGAGCCAACUUCCAUGAGGUCACCACUGACAACAAGUUACUGCGCAUCUCCAAAAACGGAAAUGUGCUCUACAGCAUACGAAUAACACUGGUGCUGGCCUGUCCCAUGGAUCUGAAGAACUUCCCGAUGGAUGUGCAAACGUGCAUUAUGCAGCUGGAAAGCUUUGGCUACACGAUGAACGACCUGAUCUUCGAGUGGGACGAGAAAGGUGCCGUGCAGGUGGCGGACGGCCUGACGCUGCCUCAGUUCAUCCUCAAGGAGGAAAAAGACCUCAGAUACUGCACCAAACACUACAACACUGGCAAGUUCACGUGCAUCGAGGCCCGCUUCCACCUGGAGCGUCAGAUGGGUUACUACCUGAUCCAGAUGUACAUCCCGUCCCUCCUUAUCGUCAUCCUGUCCUGGGUGUCUUUCUGGAUCAACAUGGACGCCGCCCCUGCCCGAGUGGGCCUGGGCAUCACCACCGUGCUCACCAUGACCACCCAGAGUUCGGGAUCCAGGGCGUCCCUGCCCAAGGUGUCAUAUGUGAAGGCCAUCGACAUCUGGAUGGCUGUGUGUCUGCUCUUCGUCUUCUCGGCGCUGCUGGAGUACGCCGCCGUCAACUUCAUCGCUCGGCAACACAAAGAACUCCUUCGCUUCCGCCGGCGGCGACGGCACAUGAAGGAGGAUGAGAGCGGCGGCGACGGCCGCUUCAGCUUCCCAGGUUCGGGUUACGGCGUGGGCCCAGCGUGCCUGCAGAAGGACGGCAUGGCAGCCAUCAAGGGCAACAACAACAAUGCGCCGGGAGGAGGGGCGGGGCACGCGGUGGGGGCGGUGCCCGAGAAGAGCAUCGAGGAAAUGAAGAAACUUUUCAUCAGCCGUGCCAAACGCAUCGACACGGUGUCGCGCGUGGCCUUUCCCCUCGUCUUCCUCAUCUUCAACAUCUUCUACUGGAUCACCUACAAGAUCAUUCGGAGCGAAGACAUACACAAACAAUAAACGCAACCGCGACCUUCUUCUCUUGCUCCUCUUCAUCGUUAUCGUUCUUCUCCACCUUCUUUGUCCUCUCAUCCUUUUUUUCCUCCUCCCUCCUCUUCUUCAGCAGUUGCUCUUCCUUUUUCCCACCUCUUCAUCCGCCUCUUCCUUCGACACAUCCUUGUCAUCUUCUCCGCCUCCCUCUUCAUUUCUCCCUCCUUCAAUAUCUCCUCUUCAAGAUGCACAACAGACAUCGAGUCAACUCCUCCUCUUCGUCCUCCCUUUUCUCCUUCUCUUCCUCCAGACAGGAAGUGAACGGCUGCAUGACAAAAACACUCGAAAAAAAAAUCUAUUGAGCAGAAGAGGCCACGCCUACUGAGUCUUGUAGGUGGAGUUACAUGUGUAGAGGGGGUGGGGCUAUCGUUCAAGCAUCACAAACUCAAGCUCCUCCCCCUGAUGGGAAUGGGACACGACCAGUAUAUUUAUGAACUUUUUGUUUUGUUGCGAAUAUGCUAGCACGCUAACACCUUCACAAAGCCCCCGCCCCCCACCCCUUUCCCCCCACCCCACCCCAGCAGCUAUGACUCACAAAAAGCGCAUACACUUACGUGCUGUGGUGAGAAGUCAUCACUGAACAAAUAAGAUUUUUUUUUCCCUCAAUGUUAUUCUUAUGAUUUAUGAUUGAUUAUUCCAAUUUUUUUUCUUUCUUGUUUUUGUGUUUCUAAUGGUUGAUUCUUUCUAUUGUAUAUUUUUUCUUUACUUUUUGUUUAUUUUAGUUUUUAUCAUGAUUUAUAAUGAUUAACAUUCUCUUGUAAUUUUAUUUUUUUUAUUUCUUUGUUUUUAUACAGAUUUUUUUCUCCCCUUUAAUAUAUACAUUGAAAGAGAUUGAUUAUUUUUAUUUAUUUGUGUAUGUAUAAAAUUAUUUUAUUCAUAUUUUUAUUUUUCUAAUAUAAGGCUUGUUUUUGGAGGGUGCAGGGGAGGGGAUGUGCCAAACCGACUGGUGUGAUUCGUGCUUCCUGAACUUGAUCCUUACUUGGCUUCUCUAUGCAAAGCGCUCUGUAUGCAAAUGAUAUCGCCAUCACCCGCCAAUCAUACACUGCUUAUCCAUCGUGUGACGCCAACCGAGAACGCUAAUCAUUUCAUUUGGGCAAACGAACCAAACUUGGUGACAAAAUGGAGAAAUUGUCACAUGAUUUGCUUUUUUUCUCCUUUUAUGAAACUCCAGACCAGCAUGGGGGCAGCAGCAACUUGCAAAAUGUCAUCUUGAAUAUUUACGAUAGUUGUGCUCGCGUUACUGGAAGGAAUAAAAAGAAUCAAACUUUUGAAAGUGGCAAGACUAACGCUAAUCGUCCAACAAACAGCUAGCGUUUCAAAAAAGCUUGUGUGCUAGCCUCAUCGGCAGCUGCUGUUUUUAACAUUCAAGUCAUUCUAUGCGUUUUAUGUGUUGUUCACAAGUUGGUAUAGGUGGUUAUGUUGAAUUAUGCUAGGUAGCUACGAGCAUCUUUUCUUUUAGCUUCCAUUCAAACUUUUCUUUGUUAACCUGCUAUUGACAAUUGUGUGUCAGUAGCAAAUUGCUUAUUUGCACACGAUUUGGUGGUAAAACAAUGAAAAUAAAUCUGGGAUCGAUGUCUUUGCUAAUUGGCUAACAGCUAGCUUAGCUUCAUCAGCAGCUGCUAUUUAUCAUGUACAAAUCAUUCCCUGAUUUUUACACAUAUUGAAGUCAUUCCAUAAACACGAUUUUAAAAAACAAGGUUGAGCUGUUUAGCUUUUUAUUUUCUCCAUCCUAACAUCAUUGUUGACUCGUGAGCAAGUUAGGUUCACUUUGUGGCAAAUGUCACGCGGGGUGUUAACAAAUGUUUUGUUGUUUUGUUUAUGAUGCACAACAGCGCAAUGUAGUACUACUCAACAUUUUCCUCCAAAACAAACUUUUGUUUGUGUUUACAUGACAAUAAUGCUGAAAAUGUUUUUUUGUUGUUGUUUUCGUUCUUGUCAGCAUCACAAUUCCUGCUGCUUGUGUCCAUACAAACAGCACAUCAGUGCCACGUGGUUGUCAUUUUUGAUGCUGUUGAAAUAAUGUGUUAAUUAUGACAGUUUGUGCCAUAGCUGCUGCUGCUGCUAUCUAGUUAGCAGGCAGGAAAACAAACUAGGACCUGUGAAUUGGGGGGGCAAACAUUUGGUCCAUCUUUAGUGUGCGCGCGCGCGUGUGUGUGUGUGUGUGUGUGGACAAUUUCCAUUUUUAUGUUCAAAAUAUCGCAUCAUAUAAAGUAUGAACCAGUUCUUUAAUAAAAUACACAUUUACUUUUUUGUAUUUAUGUAAAACGAUUUAUUUUGUACAGUUUUUCAAAUUUUAACUUAUAACAAAUCCAUUGACAAAUUAUUUACCGAGAUGACUCAAACAUUUAUUUGAAUAAUUUAUUCAAAUGUUAGUUUUUUAUAUUUAUUUCAUUAUUUUUGUAUUUCUAAAUUUUAUCGUGUUUCUUCAUCAUGAUCAUUUAUAUUUUGUUAGAAAUACUAUAUACAAUAAAAAGAAUUAACCAAUCUAGUAAAAUAUGCAUUUUUUUCUUUUUAUGUAAAAUGAUUUAUUUUUAUUUUUUUAUUAUUAUUAUUUAUAAAAUAUGAAUUCAACUAUUUAAUUGGAUGGAUUUUGAUUUGUUUAUAAUAAGUCAAACUAUUUAAUUAGAUGAGUGAAUUAAUAAAAUCACUCAUUUUAAUCCAGCCAUUUUUUUUGUGAGGGGGGGGAUAAUUUCCCAAUAAUAUCAACCUCAAACCACUAAACAUUUUUGUGCUUCCAAAGGAGCGCUGCUUCAAAGCCGUAUUGGCGUGAGGUCACAGUUAGGAGGAGUUCUGAGGUAUUAUAUUUGGGGGAGGGGAGCUUGGGUCUUUUCAAGUAGCAUGUUUGAUUUGUUGCAUUUGAUGGAGGGCUGCGACAAAUGAUUCUGGAUUCUUGUUGAUUCUUUUUGCACACGUCGGAAUGGCCUUACUCUUCUCUUUUACUUUCUUUGGCUUUUCCUGCUUCUGCGGUGGCACUUUUUUUUUUUGUGCAGCCCUUUUGCUUUCGCCAGCCAGCGCUGGCGUGCUUUGUCCGAGCAGAACGGGGGAAAAAAAGUUUGAAAAAAAAAGUGGUGCAAAUCACUAUAAUUUUCCAAGAUCUAAGAAUAUUUUGCAUGAAUAUGAAGACAAUGAGAUUGGCAGAUUUGUAUUUAUUUUUUGCUUGCACACAACAACAACAAAAAACUGUGAAGCAAUUUGAAGGAAAAAAAAGAAUGUAGCAUUUCUGCUGUAUCUGUAUAUAUAUACAUAUAUAUUCUAUUUAUUGAAAUAUGUCCUACUAAUUAUUCUAUUAAUGACCUUUUAUCAACAUAAUUUUGAACAAUGUCGGCGACCGGUCGCGAGAAAAUAUGUGUCAUGUUAAAAACAAACAAACAAACAAACAAAUUAAAAACUGCAAAUAAAAAUUUAUGCUGUGA